AUGAAGCCAUUAGCUCGAAGAACUUGUUAUGUUAUUGGAACCUCUUCGGUACCUCUCUUUAUUAGAUUUCCUAGCCAUUUUCACCUUCAUAUUAGGAAGGAUGGCGUUGGUAAGCUUAUGACUACCUUUUGUGGUUGUAAAGUAGUUUUUGACGGAUCCGAAUCCGUACUUUUAGAAUUCUUGCCACAUCCAAUCGGUAAAUUGAUUAAGACCAAGAGUAUAAGAAUAAGGAGGUGGCCGGUCGGUGUGGAUGCUUUGGAUGAGGAAGAGGAUGGAGUGGGGUGGCAAUUAGGCGAGGGAGAUGAGGCUAUUACGACGUGGGAGGAGGUCGACGUAUGGGAGUUUUGGGUGGAGUUUUUAGCUAUAACAAGAGAAGAGUAG